AUGAUAGAAAUUUCAGACCUGUUCUCAUGUCUUCCAGGUUUAACCACUGGAGUUGGUGUGUUGCCAGACGGUCCUCUGAAUAAAGCUGUUAGAGGGACAGUGAAGUUCAGCCCAACACUGCCUUCAACUGGAACUCCAUUUGGAGGCAUCACCUGGAGGUUAAAUGGAAAAAUAAUAAUCAUUUCAAAUACUCAAAAUCACACUGCACCAGGUUAUGAAGACAGGAUCACCAUCUUCCCCUCUACUGGAUCUCUGGAGCUCAGGAAUCUGGCUCUUAAUGACAGUGGAGAAUACACAGUCAGUAUUACAGAGGGGGUGACUGAGCAUCGAGGUGAAACAACACUGGAAGUUUACGAGCCAGUCAGGGAUCCAAAAAUAACUGCCAACAGCACAGACUUGGUGGAGGGUAGCUCCGUCCCUCUCUCCUGCUCCGUCUCCUCUGGAUCCUCCCUCUCUUUCCGCUGGAUGAACGACAGCUCUUUAGUCACAGCCAGUGACAGAAUUCAGCUCACUGAUGGAGGCUCCACUCUCACCAUAACCCCUGUGAUCCGCUAUGAUCAUGGACCAUAUAAGUGUGAUGUGUCCAAUCCCGUCAGUCAUGACACCAGUGAUCCAGUUAACCUCUUCAUUAGCUAUGGCCCAGAAAAUACAAAAUUGAGACUCUCUCCAUCACAAGAACAUUUUGCGGUCGGAUCAGACAUCAACCUGUUCUGCUCAGCUGACUCCAGACCUGACCCUCACUUUGACUGGUUUCUGAAUGGAGACGAGCUGCCUGGUACUGGACCAGAGCUCAGACUAAUCAAUAUUCAAGAGAGACAGAGUGGAAACUACACUUGCCAGUCCUUUAACGACAAAACUCUGAGAAAUGACACAUCUAUGCAGUUAUCAGUGUCUGUUCUGGAGAAAGUAUCUAAUGCUUCUGUCACACCAUCAACAAACCAGACGAUUGAGGGGAAGUCUGUCAACUUAACCUGUGAUGCUGCUGGAUCUGUGUUUACCAGAAAAUGGAUGAAGGAUGGAUCAGAUCUGACUCUGACUGACAACAUGACAUUGUACGAAGAGAACAGAGUGCUGUCCUUUCAGUCACUACAGAAAAUGGACACAGGAGAGUAUUCAUGUAACAUCAGUAACCCCAUCAGCUCCAUUGAGGCUAAAUACAGCUUGGUUGUUAAGUAUGGACCAGAAAAUGUUGAAAUCAAAGGCCAGAAUAAGAUACUCGUUGGCGAAAACAUCACAUUAACCUGCUCUGCUGAGUCUGAACCACUUGCUAGCUACACCUGGUCACUGAAUGGGAUAGAGAUCCACAAAUCUUUUGAGUACACUAAAAAGAAUGUUACAUACUCUGACAGUGGAAACUACACCUGUCAAGCAAAGAAUGACAUAACUGGGAGAUCACUGUCUGCUGUUCAAGAAUUGACUGUUCUAGUUAAAGUAGAUGAAGGUCUUUCAGGAGGCACCAUUGCUGGAAUAGUAAUCGCAUGUCUAGUGGUUACAUCCUUUGCUAUUGGUGGAUACUUUAUCUACAAAAAGAAAGUCAACAACAGACAUCAGCCAAAUAAGACAGCGACACAUCUGCAGGCCAAGUUUAGAGGUGUGAUACUAAUCUCUCUCCUCUUUCUCAUACUUUAUGAUACUUUAGAUGACAUGGAAACAGCUGUGAUACACGUCAUCUUUAUUGGAGUCAUUUCAGGUUUAACCACUGGAGCUGGUGUGUUGCCAGACGGUCCUCUGAAUAGAGCUGUUGGAGGGACAGUGAAGUUCAGCACAACACUUCCUUCAACUCUAAAUCCAUUUAUAAACAUCCUCUGGAGGUUUGAAGGGGCACAAAUAAUCAUUUCAAAUACUGGAAAUCACACUGGACCAGGUUAUGAAGACAGGAUCACCAUCUUCCCCUCUACUGGAUCUCUGGAGCUCAGGAAUCUGGCUCUCAGUGACAGUGGAGAAUACACAGUCAGUAUUAUAGAGGGGGUGACUGAGCAUAAAGGUGAAACAACACUGAAAGUUCACGAGCCAGUCAGGGAUCCAAAAAUAACUGCCAGCAGCACAUAUCCAGUGGAGGGUAGCUCCAUCAGUCUCUCCUGCUCCGUCUCCUCUGGAUCCUCCCUCUCUUUCCGCUGGAUGAACGACAGCUCUGAGGUCACAGCCAGUGACAGAGUUCAGCUCACUGAUGGAGGCUCCACUCUCACCAUAACCCCUGUGAUCCGCUAUGAUCAUGGACCAUAUGAGUGUGAUGUGUCCAAUCCCGUCAGUCAUGAAACCAGUGAUCCAGUAAACCUCUUCAUUAGCUAUGGCCCAGAAAAUACAAAAUUGAGACUCUCUCCAUCACAAGAACAUUUUGUGGUCGGAUCAGACAUCAGCCUGUUCUGCUCAGCUGACUCCAGACCUGACCCUCACUUUGACUGGUUUCUGAACGGAGACCAGCUGCCUGGUACUGGACCAGAGCUCAGACUAAUCAAUAUUCAAAAGAGACAGAGUGGAAACUACACCUGUCGGUCCUUUAACAACAAAACUCUGAGAAAUGACACAUCUAUGCAGUUAUCAGUGUCUGUUCUGGAGAAAAUCUCUGAUGCUUCUGUCACACCAUCAACAAGCCAGGCGAUUGAGGGGAAGUCUGUCAACUUAACCUGUGAUGCUGCUGGAUCUGUGUUUACCAGAAAAUGGAUGAAGGAUGGAUCAGAUCUGACUCUGACUGACAACAUAACAUUGUAUGAAGAGAACAGAGUGCUGUCCUUUCAGUCACUACAGAAAACGGACACAGGAGAGUAUUCAUGUAACAUCAGAAACCCCAUCAGCUCCAUGGAGGCUAAAUACAGCUUGGUUGUUAAGUAUGGACCAGAAAAUGUUGAAAUCAAAGGCCAGAAUAAGAUACAUGCUGGCGAAAACAUCACAUUAACCUGCUCUGCUGAGUCUGAACCACCUGCUAGCUACACCUGGUCACUGAAUGGGAUAGUGAUCCACAAAUCUUUCGAGUACACUAAAAAGAAUGCUGAGUCCUCUGACGGUGGAAACUACACCUGUAAAGCAAAUAAUGACAUAACUGGGAGAUCACUGUCUGCUGUUCAAGAAUUAACUGUUCUAGGUAAGGUUCUGAUUUUUGUCCACAAAAAAAUUGCAUUCUUAUAA